AGUACAUCAACGAAUGAUUGAUGUCAUUACAUCAACUCUGCAGCAAGUCUAUGGCGACAUGAACUUUUUAUACAGUUUUAAAUGUUGCAGCACGUCAAUUUCAUUGUCAAGGCAGUGAGAGAUCAUGAGCUCUCAUUGCCUUGUAAUCCUCUGUUUAAUCCUCUGUGUCCAAAGCUCUUCAUGCAGCGAGCGUUCUCUUGUGGCAACAGUGAGAAGAACUCAUGAGGGGCAAGUCAGCUCCACUGUGGAAAACAUCAAACCACAAAGGGAUGAUCAUACUUCUUUUCGAGGUACUGAGAAUGCAGAGACGACGAACCUAAGAUCAUGGAGUGGUCAAUUUGCUUUGCAUCACAGACGCCAUCUUAGGAAUACUCAUGGGGUUCUAAACAUCAUAGGAUGGGGAACACUCUUGCCAGCUGGGGCGAUUGUUGCAAGAUCCUUCAGGAAACUCCCAUUGAAAUGUGAUGAAUGGUACAAACUUCACGUUCUGUGUCAAACUUUGGGAUAUAUUAUUGGUGCAGUGGGAUGGAGCUUUGGGAUGUGGCUUGGGAAUUCCUCAAAGCAAUACAGCUUGAGAGCACACAGGAUUCUUGGCAUCGUUAUUUUCACAUUUGCAACUGCACAGAUGCUUGCUCUCUGCUUGCAACCGAAGAGAGAGAAUGAAUGCAGGAGGUGGUGGAAGACAUACCAUAAAAUUCUAGGAUAUCUAUUGAUUUCCAUGAUUGUAGCAAACAUAUUUCAAGGGAUUGAUCAUAAAGACCAUGCUGAGAAAUGGAAAUGGAUUUAUGUAGGAAUACUUUCAGUUUUAUCAUUUAGUGCUAUCGUGCUGGAGAUUCUUCGAUUUGUCAUGCCUAGAAUUCACCGGUAGAUGGCGUUGGACAUCAAUCCUAAUAUUUCCACAUGAAUUUUAUUGAAUCUGUUCAGUACUGGGAAAAUUUCAACAAGAACAAUCUCAUAUA